GAUUUCACCUGUUUGGGGGUAGUGGUGAGCUCACUCUGAAUUUGGAGAGGAAUGGAGGGUGUGGUGGGAAUUUGCUAUACUUUAGAUGGCCUUCUACUGUCUGCAUCCUCUACAGCAUGAAUUUUACUUCUGAGGUCUGCUUUCUGCAGGUUAUGUUGAGAAUCCUGCUUGGAAUGACUUCUUCCAACACCACCCUUCACAUCUAGCUCAGCCCCUGGAGGAACCAUGGCCCCGCUCCUCAGUUACGUCUCCAAGUUCAAGUCCUUCUUCAUCUUGUUCUUCACACCCCUCAUCCUCCUGCCACUCCUCAUCUCCGUCGGGACCCAGGAAGCAAAAUGUGCCUUCGUCAUCCUCGUCGUGGCAGUGUACUGGUGCACAGAAGUCAUCCCUCUGGCUGUCACAUCCCUCUUACCUGCCCUGCUAUUCCCUCUGCUCAAAGUCUUGGACUCCAAAAAGGUGUGCAUCCAGUACUUGAAGGACACCACGAUGCUGUUCCUCGGGGGGCUGAUCGUGGCUGUGGCCGUGGAGCGCUGGAACUUGCACCGCCGGAUCGCCCUGCGAUCGCUCCUGCUCGUCGGCACCAAACCCGCCCUGUUGAUGAUGGGCUUCAUGGGAGUCACCGCUUUCCUGUCCAUGUGGAUCAGCAACACGGCCACCACAGCCAUGAUGAUCCCCAUCGUGCAGGCCGUACUGAGUCAGCUGCAAGACGUGGAAAUGGGGAUGGAGGAAGGCCUUUCUGAGAUUGAGAUGGAGACGAAGGAAGAAGGAGGCGAGCAAGAGACCCCCGAGGUCCCCGAGGCCGUCAGGGAGCCGGACUACAGCGCUAUAUCUGAAAAGAAGUCCAUCUGCAAGGCUCUGACCAUAUGCAUAGCCUACGCGGCCAGUAUCGGCGGGACGGCCACGCUGACCGGAACGGGACCCAACGUCGUCCUCUCUGGGCAGAUGCACUCGCUGUUCCCCAGGAACAGGGAUGUGGUGAACUUUGCCAGCUGGUUUGGAUUCGCUUUCCCCAACAUGUUACUGAUGCUGCUGCUGGCCUGGUUUUGGUUGCAGUGCUUCUUCUUGGGGCUCAACUUUAAGAAACUGUGGGGCUUAGGGAUGGAGAAAACGAGGAAAGAGAAAGUGACCUACGAGUUGCUGAAUGCAGAGUAUACCAAGCUGGGGCCGCUCACCUUCGCCGAAAUCAACGUCCUUAUUUGCUUCAUCCUGCUGGUAUUUCUGUGGUUCACCCGGGAUCCCGGCUUCAUGCCCGGCUGGCUGUCCUUCUUCUGGGUGGACGGCAAAACCAAGUAUAUGACUGACGCGACCGUCGCCGUCUUCAUAGCGAUAUUGCUUUUCAUCGUUCCCUCCAAGAAACCUCAAUUCAACUUCCGAAGCCAGACGGAUGAAGAGUGGAAGGAACCAUUUUACCCGCCGGCCCUGCUGACCUGGAAGGUGACCCAGGAGAGAGUGCCCUGGGGCAUUGUGCUGUUGCUAGGAGGAGGGUUUGCUCUGGCCAAAGGAGCUGAAGUCUCCAAGCUGUCCAACUGGAUGGGGGAUCAGAUGAAGCCUUUGAAGUCGGUGCCCCCGUCCGCCAUCACGGUGAUCCUGUCCAUCUUUGUGGCCAUCUUCACCGAGUGCACCAGCAACAUCGCUACAGCCACCCUGUUUCUCCCCAUCUUUGCUUCCAUGGCUCAGUCUAUCGGACUCAACCCACUGUACGUCAUGCUGCCGUGUACUCUUAGUUCGUCGUUCGCCUUCAUGUUGCCUGUGGCCACACCUCCAAAUGCUAUAGUGUUUUCCUUUGGCCAUCUCAAAGUUGCCGAUAUGGCCAAAGCUGGAUUCGUCCUGAACAUUAUCGGGAUCUUAUGUGUGGUGCUAGCCAUCAAUACCUGGGGGGCGGCCCUGUUUGAUUUGAACACCUACCCCGCUUGGGCCAACGAGACUGAAAUCCCAAUGGACUAAGAUCUGAAGGAGGCAAUCUGCCAAAGCUCAAGGACCUCGGUGUUACCUUUCUCCUUUGGGGCCGAACUCCCACCCGAAAGCUCACUACGUCACCCCCACACCCCUAUCCCCGACUCCCCUCCAAACCCUAGAUUUGGAGCCCCGUGGCUCUGUCAGGCUGAAACAACUGAGCCUCGAUGGAGCCUCAGGCAGGGCACCCGAAAACAACUGGCUGCACCCCGGUCCGACUAUCUCGUCGUCCCCCGACCCUGGACUCCUGAUAUUUUCACUAGACAACUGCCGGGCUAGAACCCGCUCGCUGCCGCUUCCCCGGUCCACCAUCAUCGACGCAAAUGCCCUGAGCGGACGUGGAGGUUUAUUUACCGUUCCCGGCUGCUCGUAGGGAAGGCCGCGAACACUCCGGCUCGCUAAGGAACCUUCUGGGGGUGGGAGGCAUUGAAAGGCCAAUGAGGGAACGUUCUGAGCACCUCACGCUCCACUGCCUAUAGACUCUUAAUUUCCAUCUACCUCAGAUUUGGAACGAUCCACGAGCAAACUGCACACUGAAUCGACAACGUCAACGGUAGCAAAAUCCUCCCCCCGGCCUUCAGGUGUCACGGCGACCGUCUCUCCGGAGGUUAAAAACCAGCUUCCCGCCUCACUCUAUCUGGCUCCCGAAUAUGGUCCCCACUGUCGCUCUGGGUUUUCCCAGAUGCACUGCUUCUUAUGAAGGAUGAGGCUAAGCUCUGAUAAAGGCCGGUCGAACGGACACCCCACUUUCCGUCUGGGGGCUUCCUAAGAUGGCACGCUGUGCCUUCUCAGUUCUGAGAUGAAACUCUUUUAAAUAUUCUGUUUCUUUUCACUUGCUAGGGAAGGCGUAAAUGCCAUCGGAUGGGUGCCGUUUAUCUUUGAUAUCUUCUGAGUGUCGCCCAGGGUCUUGUGUGUUCCCGGGAGGGGACUGCUUUAGGCCCCUCAGUCCAAGAUCCAAAAUGCACUACUUACUGUCUUGAGCUGGGAAUUUCCCUGGCCAAACUGUCUUCCAGCUAACUACUCCCAGAGGAGCUACUCUCUGUAGCGUUUCCAGAAACUCCCGUCUCCUUCCGAGAGAAUCAGUGCCAUUCAGGGUUCAGCUCUUGGAUGAAAACUAAAAUCUGUGGGAGACUCCCUUUACUUUACAAAUCGCAAUUCUUUCACCUUGGCAAACUUGCCGAGUUUGUGGAUGUGAUUCCAACAGUGGGUUACGUGGAUAAGGCUCACUAUUCAAAAACAAUUUCUUUUUCUGUACUGGUAAGAUGUUAAGACUUUGGGCAUAAAGCAAGAAGACUCCAUUUUUUUUUUCUAAAUUUACUUCUCUAAUUUGAACUCUCCUUUGGGCUUCUAAGUGCCUUAAUCUUAGGCUAUGUUGAAGAAAAUAGAAAAGUAAACUUUCCCCUAAAUGUGAGCAAUUGCCUUUCUGUUUAAAAAUGAGACUCUUGUUUUGUGGAGCUCUCGUAGGAUUUAGAGUUAAAAAUAAAAUUUUGAGGUGUAGUUAUUGUCUAGGGCAUCAAAUGCACAGAUGCGAAACUAUCCAGGAAUAAGAUCAAACUGAGGUACCUCCAUCUCUUUUACAUGUCUGAUGAUUUCUGAUCAAAGCUGUUUUGUAAAUACAGUUUCUUUUUCCAUGGAAAA